CAAUAAAUAUGUGUAUCAGCAACAAUACAAGAUUAGGGGAGUAGUCAGAGUGAUAAGGGUGCUGCGCUAAGCAAUUAAAUUCAAGUUAAUUCUAUGUUUUUCUUUGAUACCCAGUUCAUUAGUUGAUUUUUUAAAAUGCAAGUAGCAAUUCUUGGAGGUGGAAUAAAUGGAUUUUGUUGUGCAGUUCAAAUUAAAGAAAAGUGGCCAGAAUCAAAUGUAACAAUAAUAUCCGAUCUCUUUACUCCAAGCACAACUGGAGAUGGAUCUGCUGGACUAUGGGGACCUUAUCUUAUGUGUGAUACUCCAGCUGAAAAAGUCAACGAAUGGUCGAUGGCAAUGCACAAUUUUUUAAAACAAAUAUGGCUUUCUGGUGAUAGUGGAAAAGCUGGUGUUUGUCUCAUUCCUGUAAUACGCCUUACAGCAAAUGAAAAACCAAUGGAUGACUCUUGGAGGGAUAUAGUGUAUGGUUGCAAGAAUUUGGAUAAAUCUGAAUUAGAGGCGUACAGUCGAUUACACAACAAAACAUUCACGUCCGGCUUACACUUUGUAACAUAUACAUCGGAACCAGUAAAACUCUUGCCUUACUUGGAGAAAAGGUUUAGAUCAUCCGGAGGCAAUGUUAUUACCAAAAAAAUAACGGAUUUCGACGAGUUUAUUCGAAACUCACAUUAUGAUGUGAUAGUCAAUUGUGUGGGGUUAGGUGCUUUAGACUUAGUCAAUGAUAAGUUGGUUCAUUCAAUACGUGGUCAAGUUUCAAGAGUUAAGGCGAACUGGAUUUAUCAAGUAUUUUUGGAUGAAAGUGAUGAUGGAAACUACAUUAUUCCUAAUGUGGACACUGUGGUAUUAGGUGGGACCCAUCAAGAAAAUGAUUAUAACUUAAAUAUUUGUCCUAAUGAUAAAACAUUUAUAAAAAAUGGGUGUCAGAAUUACUUUCCUGGUCUAAAGCAUGCGCAGCAUCUAACGGAUUGGGUUGGUCUGCGCCCUGGAAGAAAACAAGUUCGUUUGGAAAUGGAAACUACUUACAAUAACAAAAUUUUGAUUCAUAAUUACGGACAUGGCGGUUGCGGUGUAACCUUGUCUUGGGGAUGUGCUUCUGAAGUAGUUAAAUUACUUCAAACGACAAUGAAAUCAAAAUUGUAAUAUAGACGCGUA